AUGAAGAAUGCAAAUGAAUCAACAAGUUCAAUGAGAAAGGCUGUUCAUUUUGUCACGGAAAAUGAAAUUCCAGGAAAAUUGUGUUUGCUUUCAGAGACAUCAAAAAGAUUGCAGCUGGAAUUUUCGGUAAUUCACAGAAACGAUGACGACGACGACAAUAUUCAAGCGAGGGUUGAACAGAAGCACAUACAUGUUGACUUAAUUACUGCCAACAAAGCUAAUUCAAUUUUCAAACAAUGGACCUUUUGUGAAAUAAUUUCACUCUCCACUCCCUGUCAAUGUCCCCUCCUUCACCUCAAAUACUAA